AAAACCUAACUUCGCCUGCUCUCCUCUCCCCCGCCCACGCGACGCACUCGCCGCCUGCUCCCCUCUUCCCCAUCGAGCAGAGAACAGCCGACGGAGGCGUCUCCUCGCCACCGACGCCACCUCCUCUAGCACGCUCGCACUGCCACGCGACUAUUCCGCUGUUGCUGCCCCCCUCUUCUCCAUCGAGCAAUCGGAGAGCAGCCGGCGGCGGUGUCUCCUCACUGCCGGCGCCACCUCCUCGAGCACGCUCUCGUCAUCGCGCGUCACCUCCGCUGUUGCUUCCCGACGCUCCGCCUCUUCCUCCGCCAUGUCGAGUGUCGCCGCCGAGCUUCAGGCUAUCCGCGCUGCCGCUAAGGUAGCACCAGCGGCCAGGGUCCGUCCAUCCGUUCUUUUUGACCAUAGGACCGCUUCUGACAUCGAUCUCCGUAGCAUUCUCCCCAUUGCCCUCUCAGGGCUGGACGUCCUUAUCGAGUCAGAUGGUCGCUUCAAUCGAUAUAAAGAUACUCUUUUUAGCCAGACCAGUCUCGAGUUGGACAGGGAAAAAAUGGUUCCUGCCGAAGAGGCGAAGGUUAACAAAUCGAUAUGUUCGUACCUGCAGCUGCUUUCUGGUUACUUGCAGCUCCACCCUGCAUUGAAGACACUUGAAUAUCUCAUCCGACGCUAUCUAGUUCAUGUUUACAAUAUUGAUGAACUUAUUCUUUGUGCGCUACCUUUCCAUGACACAACCACGUUCGUUCGCAUUGUUCAAUUGCUGGAGUUAGGAAAUAGCAAAUGGAUGUUUCUUGAAGGAGUAAAGGUUUCAGGUUCCCCUUUGCCAAGAAAAGUUAUUGUGCAACAGUGCAUUCGUGAUAAGGGGCUUUUGGAGACUCUGUGCAACUAUGCAUCUCCAACAAAAGAGUUUCAGCCCUCAAGGCCUGUUAUUUGCUUCUCUACUGCCGUGACCAUAGAGGCUUUGGGUGUAAUUCCCAAGCUGGAGACAGAUUCAGUACAGCGAGUUUUGAUGUUUGUUCUUAAUGGGCUUAACCCUGCUAUGAGAGGAAAUCAUGAUCAUAAAGCUGGUGCUCUAAUGGUAAUUGGUUUGCUAGCUACUAGAGCAACACUAGCCGCAAAGCUUAUCCAAAGUUUGAUGUCCUCCAUUCUACAAAUGGCUCAACAUGAUGCAAACAAACCCGUGGAUCUUCCAUGGCUUCGAACAAUAAUAAUUGCUCUUGUUACUCUUGUGCAGUCACAGUCUAUACUGAUGCUUCCGAAGAAGGCUGUUAUGGUUUUACAAAAAAUAAGGGACUUUCCUGGAGUACUUGCAGGAUUGAAUAAUGAGUUUAAUGUCCGGAACUUUCUCCACAUUUACAUAGAAUCACUGGUGGAAUAUAGUUUAUAUGAGGACUCUUUGCUUGAAACCCUAGAAGUUGCUGUUGAGGUUCUUCCUGUUAAGGAUGUUAUAGAGAUUCUCGUGCCUAAGAUUCUUGCAAGGUGUAUGAAGUUGUUGCAGAAGGUGGACUCACCAGAUCUAAAUCUAGCAGGUAAUUGGGGAAGGAAGAUUCUCAUUGUGCUUGAUAAGCAUUAUAAAUGUGAAUUGCGUGGAGCUAUUCGAAGAUUUCUUGAGGAUAGUAAGAUGAAUGCAACGGAAGAAGAAAACAUUACUCAAAGGUUGUGCAUGAUGUUUGAUGAUACAUUGGAUAGGCCAACAGAGAUAUCUGACUCAAAACUAUGGUUUUCGCUUGAACAUCCUAAGGCUGUGGUUCGUCAGACUGCUUUGGCAAAUAUAGCUGCAUCGGCAAUGUUGAAAACCAUUUCUGCCGAUGAACAGAAACUUGUGAAUGUACAAGAUUCAAUUAUGCGUGCUCUACAUGAUGAGGAUUUACAUGUUGUACGGGCAGCCUUGUCUAUAGACGGGAUGGCCAGAAUUGCAACUCCUAGUCAACUUCUUGACACAUAUAAUGAUAUACUAUCUAGAUGCACUGAUGUAAUUGAGAGAGAUGCUUCCAGAACAUCUGUAGUAUGUGAUGUAGCCAUAUCAUGCCUUGAACGCUUGGUGCAAGAAUUCCAAUUGGAACACAUGAAUUGUACUAAAGAAAUUGCUAAAAUGUUUUACCCUUUAUUUCUUGUUCGUCCAAAGACAUGGAGAUUGAACUUGAAAGCUUUGCAGCUAGUUAAGGAAUUAAAAUGGCCUUAUUUUGAUGCUAUUGGGCAAACUAUAACAGAUUCUGACCACAUGAAGAGUUAUCUUUCUGAUCAUGCUGCUUCCAUCAAUUUAAGAACUAUUAAAGCUUUGGCUGAAGUAUUUGUUGCGAGCCCUCCUGAGAAGAUUGAGUGGUUGAUUGAGUGCAACAGAUACAAUGGACUUUCUAAGAGUUUAUUUUUCUUCAUCAUUUUGCAGGCAUUGAACAUUGUAAAUGCAGAGUCUGGCUGCCCUAUGAAGAUAUAUAGGACUUGUUUUUAUGCGCUAAAAAAAGAGUGGCAUGAAAUUGAACAGUCAGGAGGUCCUACUUCCGAAGAGUUCAAUUUACACAGAAGUGAUGACUAUUAUAUUGAAUUAGCUAACCAGCUCUUUACUGCUGAUGUUGGAAUACUUAAUCGAAAUCUCCUACUUUGCAUUUUCUGGAGUCUACUAAGAUCAUUCAAUGAAGCAGCUAACCAUAAUAAAUUAGAAAAUAGCUCCGAGAGUUUCAACAUAAUGGAUGAACUGUUUCUCUUCUUUGUGACAUCAUAUCAUAAGAAACUCUUCGGUGAUCAUCUGAAAUUUUUAUUGGUUAACUGUUGCAAAGUGCCUUUUGAGUUUCUAUCAAAAUAUUUUGCUGAAGAAGGCUACAGUAAGGAAGUUCAAAUUCAGAGUCUGCAGUUGUUUGAGACGAUUUGCUCGAUAUUUGCAUCAGCUGAGAGAACCAACUCAGAUGAGAAUAAUUAUUUACAGCCUUUAGCUGAAUUUCCUUCUCUUCUUGUUCCACUUGCUAAUCAUGAUAAGGAUGUACGGACAGCUGCACUUCAUUGCAUUGAAGAGUUCUACAAGAUGUAUGGUAGUGGUAGAAUUGAUGCUUCUCAACCUAAAAAAGGGAAUGGUAUCUUUAUCUCUAUGAGCUUAUCACUUCCAACCUUCUGGGAUUUUUUGGAGGCUUUGGUAAAUGAGAAGACAUUGAUGUCCUUGGACAUCAAUUUUCUUCAUUCAUAUUUGAAGUCAAUGUUGAGUUCUUCAAGCAAUGAUCUCUUAGCUCCUAAUAGCAGUCAAAAGAGAUUUGGUCCAGCAGAAAAAGAUGCUAUAUUGCUCUAUAUUUUCCAGUCUGCACUUAAAGGAUCCUCGUAUAGAAAGCUAAUGAUAUUAUCAUUAUUCAAAGGAAUGGGAGCAUCAUUACUGUCUGUCGGAGCGGUUAAAUCUUUACUAUUUGAGCUCAUGGAAAAAUAUAGUCAGCAUGACUCUGGGGCUCAUUCAUUGCAAAAAACGCUUUCCAAGAAUGAAAUUCAGUUAUUAUGCUUGCUUUUAGAGAUUUGCUCCCCUUUAUCAAGUUCUAUAUAUCUUGAUUCAGACAUCAUAGAUUACCUACUGAGAGCCUUACGAAUGGAUGAUUUAGCAUCAGGUGAUCCAGCUGUUUUGGCUCCUUGUUUAAUGGUUCUUCGGAUGUUAACUUCAACUUUUUAUGAAAAUUUGAAGAGAGAGCUACAGGAUGAGCUCUUAUGGAACCUGGUUAUUUUAUUCCGGAGCGAUAAUGGCGAUUUGCGAAAUGCGAGUAGAGAUGCUCUUCUGCGGUUAAAUAUUAAUUGCUCUUCCAUAGUUUCAUUACUCGAAUCAAUUCAUCUCCAAGAUCAUAAGCUUGUACCAUCAAAAAGAUUUAAGAGGAAUAAGCAUCCAACUGAGCAUGCUUCUUCUCUUCAUCAAGCUGCAUUAUCUACACAAGAAUCAAGACUUUCUGUUCUUAUCUCAUUACUGGACAUCUUGCUUCUGAAAAAAAACUUAAAUGAAAGGCCUUCUCUAGUCAAAUCUCUUUUCACGAUAUUAGAGGAACUCUUUUAUGAUAAUUGGUGCGAUGAUGUCACUACUUCUGUUUACCAAGCUCGUCAUGCAAUAUUAAUAGUUCUUAAGGAUAUUACUGAUUCCUUGUUGACAAAUCUUCCUCUUGCUGAUUAUACAUUUACCCAUGUCAAUAUAGGCCUUUUAGUUCAAAUUGCAAGAUCUACUAUAGAUGUCACAACCCGUAACCAUGUAUUCUUAUUGCUAUCUUCUAUCACAAAGGUCUCAUCUGGGUGGAUCUCAGAACACAUUUCUGAUGUAUUUGCUGUGAUUGGGGAAUCUGCAUUAAAACAGAAUGAUAGCCACUCACAACAUGUUCUUGAAGAUCUCAUAUCUACUAUGGUGCCUUGCUGGAUGUCGAAGGCCAAAAGUAUGGAUAAGUUGCUACAGAUAUUUAUAAGAGCUCUUCCAGAGUUUGCUGAACCCCGACGCUUGACUCUGAUGGUGUAUCUUCUGAGAGUCUUACAAGAAGAGCGCAGCUUAGGCAUUCUUAUUUUCCAUCUAUUCCAUUCAUUGGUACUGCGGCUUACUAAGAUUCCUGAAUCUCGAAGGAAUUUGAAUGAUUUCUUUUCUGUUGCUACCCUUAGUGAGUGGGAAUACUCCUUUGCAGUAGAAAUCUGCAGUCAGUACUCCUGCCAGAUAUGGUUUCCUUGUUUAGUAAAGCUUUUCAAACAACUUGGAGCACAUAAUGAAGAAGAAUUUCUCUUUCAGUUACAUUUGAUAAUGCAGUUUACUUUGCUUAAACUGCAAGAUCCUAAAUUACUCUUUGAUCUUGAGGCUCUGGAAGAUGUUGGAUAUCUUCAGACGACACUUGGAGCACUAAUGCAGGAGGUUGUAUUGCACUUGCAACAUAUCAGAGACAAGAGGAAAAUGAAUAACAUUGCUUCAGAUAGGAUAAAGGGGCUAAAAAGGUCUGCAGACAAAAUAUUAAAUCUCACUGCAAAUUGGAUGGCUCCAUCUACUUACUUUAUAAGCAUCACUAAGUUAUUGGAAAACACAGAUAACAACGUGAAAAAGCAGACACUGGGGCUUUUAUGUGAGAUAGUGAAGAACCAAAAUUCUGUUCUGAAGAAAAGGAAAGCAAAACAAUCACAGCUUAGCCUCCCGCCAGUUAUUGGUGAAGAUGUCAAACCAUUCUUUGACAACUUGUGUUCAAAAAUAGUCCAGUUGAUUGAUGGUGAUCUAGAUACUUCAGACACCAGAGUGAAGCUAGCAGCAGUUUCUUCAGUAGAGGCAUUAUGUAAGAAAUAUCCAGCCGAAAAUACAGUAUUUGAAACAUGCCUUGCAACUAUUGUGAAGUACAUUGGUUUUGAUGACUUGGCUCUCUCUUCUGUAUGCAUACAAGCUGCUGGGAUUCUAGUUAGUGUUCUUGGGUCAAAAGCAUUGCCUCAACUACCUCUUAUUAUGAAGAAUAUAAUGAAACAAUCUCAUGGAAUUUUAAGCUGCCUCAUUAUGGAAGAUGAAAAUACACACAAAAUGGCACUUGGUGGGGAUUCUGAUAAGAAGUCAUCUAUGUUACUUUCUGUCCUCAAUGCCUUAGAGGCAGUUAUAAAUGAACUUGGGGGGGCUUUGAAUCCAUAUCUCAAUGAUAUCUUAGAUCUUAUAGUACUUCGUCCAGUAUAUGCUCUCAGUGUAGAUUCGAAGAUAAAGAUGAAAGCUGAUGCUGUGAGAAAGCUGUUCGUGGUCACAGUUCCUGCCCGACUUGUUAUCAAACCUCUGCUACAAAUAUACUCUAGUGCUCUUGAAUGUGGUGAAUGGAGCCUGUCGUUGGUCUUUGGUAUGCUUUCUGACAUGAUUAGUUCAAUGGAUAUGCCAGCUAUAGGAAAAUAUCAUGUGAAGAUAUAUGAACAUUGCUUGGUAGCACUGGAUCUUCGACGUCAACCCCCAAAGUCAAUUAAGAACAUAAACAUGGUGGAACAAAGUGUAAUUCAAGCAAUGAUCAAGCUUUCCAUGAAACUUACUGAGCCGAUGUUUAGCCCUCUUUUCUUCCAAAGUCUUGAGUGGGCAGAUUUGAAACUUGAAUGUGAUUUGGUUAAAACUGGAAGUUUGAACCGAAAUAUUUCCUUCUACUAUUUGGUCAAUGAGCUUUUGACACAUCAACGAUCAAUUUUUGUGCCAUAUUUUAAGCAUUUGCUAGGUGGUUGUGUACGAUGUCUAACUGAUACUCAAGAUGUAGAUGCACCUUUGGUUAAAAAAAGGAAGAUGGCAAAUGGUGCAGGUGCUGUCGUGUCCACAUAUGAUGAAUUUCUGUCACUUGAGCAAUGGCAUCUAAAAGCAGUAAUUUUGAAAUCACUGUACAAGUGCUUUCUCUAUGAUACCAAUCAGAAACUUUUGGAUUCAACCAACUUUCAGGUGCUUCUGAAGCCCAUCACCUACCAACUUGUAGUUGAACCUCCAAAGCUUCUUGAGCAACACUCACAAGUACCUACGGUUGAUGAAGUUGAUGAAUCACUUGUUAUGUGCCUUGGUCAGAUGGCUGUCACAGCUCACUCUGAUGUUCUUUUGAAGCCACUGAACCAUGAAGUGCUGAUGCAGACGAGAAGCGAGAAGACUCGUCCGAAGAUACUAGGUCUCCGAAUUGUGAAGUAUUUGGUAGAACGUUUGAAAGAAGAAUACCUCGUCUUGCUGCCUGAGACCAUCCCAUUUCUGGGAGAACUACUUGAGGAUGUUGAGCUACCCGUUAAAACGCUGGCUCAACAAAUUCUGAAGGAAAUGGAGACGCUCAGCGGCGAAAGCCUUCAGCAAUACUUGUAGCGCGACAACAGACUUACCAAUUUUGUUUCGAUUUUGUUCCUGUAACUUUCUGUAGGGCUCCAAUGGUGCCAUGGUAGUUUUGUAUCAAUUAUGUAACUUACCAUAAGUUUAAAUUCCCAGUUCUUUAUUCA